AAGUGCCCGGCGUGCAACGCGCAAAAUGCCGCGGGGGAGUUUCUGUGUGCAGCCUGCGGGAAACCCCACCCCAACGCUACAGAGAAGCAUCUGAAGUUCAUGCCGAAAAACCAGCCGAAUAAUCAGUAUCAGGUGGAUCGGAGAAGCAAUAAUGGCGCUGCAGGAGCGCCGUCCUCGUCUAGCUCCGCGGAUCUGGUUGGGGAGAUGAUGAAUAUAAAGCCACUUCAGGUCCCGGGGGAACAAGCGAUAAUAGGAAACAGCUCCAAGUCCAACCAACAAACCCCUUCGAAAGCGAGUUCCGUUGUGUCUAGUAAGAAAAACAACAACAAAGCGACUAAUCGAGAUCGACCGCCCCCACCGCCACCGCGAAGGAGAGUGCAGAGCGAAUUUAAUAUUGACGCGCAACAGACUACAGGCGCAGCGAGUCGGGAAAGAAGUCCGAGGCGGGCGGAUGAUGGUGGCGUGGGAGUAGGGGACGGGCCACAUGAAGAUGACAUAAAUCGCGG